UCUCUAGUUGUCACCUUACACGUAAAGUUCAUGAGAUUAGUGAGAUAGGCCUUUGAAGAGCAGUUUUAAGAGGUGUGUUGGUGUUGUUAUCGAUUCUUAAUGUACGCUGUGACUCUGCUGUCCAUGGACAUAUGAAUUUGUAUCGGCAUUGGGAUUUGUCGUUACAGGAGAUUACAGUGCAGCUUUUUUGGCUUAGCCUCUCACCACGUGAGCGAUCGAGAUAAAGGCAACCUGGAGAAAAAAAGGAUCUGUCCAACUUUUACUGAGCCCCUCAUGUUUUGUCGCAUCAGUGUUGACACAUUAUGUGCAUGUCGGAUGAAGGAUCCUUUUGGUUGUUGUCAUUGAGUUUCUCCACCUUCUUGACGGGAUGCUAGGUAUUUUUACUUUGUGUGAUCUUGUGCUGCGUGGUUUUGUGCCAUGUGACGCCAAGACCGAAGAGAGUGGUUGUGGUUUCGCAUUCUUCGCAUUUUUGAGCGCAAGUGGAGAUUUCUCGACGAGGAUUCUUUCACGUAGUUCGAAGUGCUUUUGCACUUUUUCUGUACAAAUUUUUAGUGGCUGCGUAAUCUUCGCUGUGUGAUCGAAGCUUAUUUCCUGGGGUUCUGCAGUCAGUGGUAGAAUAUGCUUUCGUUAAAUGCUUUUGUUCAAUACUCAUUGCGAUACAGAUUAGUGCGCCGAGUUUGGUAUUGUUGGAUAACAGGUCUGUACUGAUGAUUUAGUAGUAGCAGAAUUUGAUAAUGGGGUCCGUAGAUUUGACACUAAGGGAGGUAGUUAACUGGGGAUGCUAGUCACAUGUCUUCGCGUUAACUUUUUCUGAAUCUUGUUGACAGUGCGUCAGUUAGCGGUGGCUUCAACGGGCAUUCAUGAUACGAUAUCGAAGGACUUGUCAAAUGUUUGUGGUCGGAAGAAUAAUGCGCAUCAUUGCAUUCCUUACUACGAAUUCAUUGAAAAACUCAUAGUAGACAAAUGCUAGUUGCGCUCAACCGAGACUCAGACAGCAAAUCAACGGAUCAACUGUUUUUGUCUCUGUGCAGCAUAGCCACUGGAAAUUGCCCGCUUAGCAUGAUUGUAUCAUAUCUUAACAAGCCUAGGGAGUAGGACAAAGGCUUUGCUAUGGUCGUCUAGGACUCCACAGUAUAUUACUAUUGAACUAAAAAUGUUUCUAAACCUUCUCGAACUCAAAUUGGUAUAGCUGGGUGUGAGCCACAAUUUGGUCUAUCCUUUCAAGGAGCUUGAACUUGUGAGCUGUGACUUCGAGCCGAUCUGGUGAGUUUACAAUAAUCCUUGACAAGAUAGCCUUCUGGUUCAAAAUCUCUGAUAAGUUCUGAAUUACUAUAUAAGAUGGAGAACUUGGAGAAACACGAAACGGAUGUUUAUGUUUGCGUUGAGAGCAGGCACCCGGCUACUUUGUAAUCAUUUUCUCAGAAACUAAGAACAACUGGAGUAUUUUACAUUGCUAGUAUUUUAAGCUUUCUUCAGGAUUCUGAUUCGAGCACCUCUAUUUCCCAUUCUCAAUUUGGGGGCAUUAUCUCACUUUAAAAGCGUUGGAAGGGAGGUAUUGGAUUUUCUGUCACGUAGUGCUUUCACUCCAUCAGAACGUAGUACUUAGGGGCGACGAGAAAAAGGAUGCAGCUCGCUCCUGUUUUGCCUGGGGGCGCUAAGUCGGUGUUGUCGGUUACAACUUCGAAGCAGUAGAGCCUGCAAUCCAUCUUUGCGAACCUGUGGGAGGUUUGAUGCCAAAGUUUUCAUAUCAGUGUCUGCAGCGUGUUAAAUUCGGCUUCACUAUCAGAACUAGCUUUAGUAUCCAGCCGUUGGACUGGGAUGGUGAUCUUCUGAGAAAUAAUUUUAUGCAUAGAGAAGCUUGGCUCUUGUUUUCUCGCUCUAAAUAUUUGCCUUCAAACUACAGGAAAUAACCAUUUAAAUCCAAACCACUGACGGCAAGGGUUUCAACGUGAGAUGUUCGACAAAGAGAGUUUAGUCUCUCACCUAAAUAGCAAGAGAUGCUACUUCAUGAGAAACUUGAGCUUAUGGAGCUGUGUUUGUUUGUUGUUGGUAACUUCGGUCCUACACAUUCCUACUUCCGCAUUGUCACCAGAUGGUGAAGCGUUGCUAUCCUUCAAGCGGAGUCUGUUAAAUGCAAAUCGCACACUUUCGAGCUGGAAUGAAUCCCACCCUAAUCCAUGUUUGUGGUUGGGGGUUACAUGUCUCCCUAAAAGCGACCGGGUAUAUAUACUAAACAUCUCUCGUCGGAACUUGCGAGGAAUCAUAUCAUCGAAAAUUGGGAAGCUUGACCAGCUGCGCAGGAUUGGCCUUCACCACAAUAAUUUGUUCGGCAGCAUUCCAAAGGACAUAGGCAACUGCGUCAAUCUUAAAGCACUGUACUUGCAAGGAAAUUUUUUAAUAGGUAACAUUCCAGAUGAGUUCGGAAAGCUGCAGCGCCUCAAAAUCUUGGAUAUUUCUAAUAACGGCUUGAUGGGAAGCAUUCCUCAAGCUAUUGGGCGCCUUUCACAGCUUUCCUUCCUAAAUCUUUCGGCCAACUUCCUGACCGGAAAAAUACCUGCAGUCGGAGUUCUGGCGAAGUUCGGCAGUCUCUCGUUCUCUUCAAAUCCGGGACUAUGUGGAUCCCAGGUAAAGGUCCUGUGCCAGAGCGUUCCUCCCAGUACUCCAAAUGCCCCAAUACUCAUACCAACUCAGACUGCUCCAGCUUCAGCUCUAGCUCCAGCUUCAGUUAAUGAAUCAUUGCCAGUAACAGGAAUGGCGAAUGCAUCAACUGGCAGUCAUUCAACUGAUUUGCGCAGUAUACUUUUGAUGAGCGCAGUAGGCAUUGUUGGCGUUUCUCUGCUACUAGCUGUUUUAUGCGUUGGAGCCUUCAUUGUCCAUAAGAAGAAUUCCAGUAAUCUUUACCAAGGUUCAAAAUUGGUGAUGUUCCAUACUGACUUGCCUUACAACCGAGAUGACGUAUUCAAGAGCAUAGAAAACUUGGGCGAUUCAGACAUUAUUGGUUCUGGUGGCUUUGGGACGGUAUACCGUUUAGUCAUGGAUGAUGGCUGCACGUUUGCUGUCAAGAAGAUAGGAAAACAGGGUAUAAGCUCUCAACAAUUGUUCGAAAAAGAGUUGGGAAUUCUGGGGAGCUUUAAGCACCAAAAUUUAGUGAAUCUUCGUGGGUACUGCAACGCUCCUUUGGCCAGCCUGUUGAUCUAUGACUUCUUACCAAAGGGAAACCUCGACGAGAACUUACACGAGAAGUUGCUAUGUGAAGGCCGUCUUAGUUGGAACAUACGAAUGAAUGUAGCAGUUGGCUCAGCCCGAGGGAUUGCAUAUCUUCAUCACGAUUGUGUUCCUCGAAUCAUUCACCGGGGCAUCAAGUCCAGCAACGUUCUGUUAGAUGAGAAGUUGGAGCCUCAUGUGUCUGAUUUUGGUUUGGCGAAGCUUCUGGAAGGCGAAUCCUCUCAUGUAACAACUGUUGUUGCUGGCACGUUUGGUUAUUUGGCACCAGAGUACAUGCAGAGUGGGCGGGCUACGGAGAAGGGUGACGUCUAUAGCUUUGGUGUUAUGCUUCUGGAGCUGAUCAGCGGCAAACGACCCACUGAUGCUUUACUUGUUGAGAACAAUUUGAAUUUAGUCAUUUGGGCUACUUCCUGUGUCAAAAAUAAUGUAAUAGAGGAAAUAGUGGAUAAGAGUUGCUUAGAAGACACAUCAAUCGAGCAUAUUGAGCCCAUUCUGCAGGUUGCGUUGCAGUGUAUUUCCCCAAACCCGGAGGAGCGGCCUACAAUGGAUAGAGUUGUGCAGUUGCUCGAAGCCGAAACUCUCUCAAGUGUUCCGAGUGAACUUACCAACUUUUACAGCUCUCCUGUUUCUGAUCUCGAAAAUCGCGAGCGCUGAAACAAUCCCCACCCCUUCUUCUUUUUUGUGUUUUUUUGUGUGUGUGUGUGUGUUUUAUUUUUGUACAUCACAGUAGUAUACACCACAAAUCCAUAAUUUUACUUUCAUUACGCUGGAUAUGUAGUAUCGCCACCACAUACAGUCUAGAAAAGAACUAGAAAGAGAUCGAUUGUAACCUCUACGUUAUCUGAAGCUACUCAUCACAGCCUGCCUGAGAAAACUAAUUCAUCAUCAGUGCUUCUGUAACACUGUCAAUUUAUAUUGGUUACAUGUACGUGCCUUCAAGAAGAGAUGAAACCUUCGCAGCUUCUGACAAAAAAUAUGAGCAAACCAAGUGGUUUUAAACAUU